AUGCCUGCAGGGGUGGCCCUGCGCAGGUCUACGGCUUCGCAGGCGGCCUCUUGUGGCUGUCGGCUGUGCGGCUCGACCGUUUUCUGCACGGUGGGGGGUGGUGUGCGUGGGAGGUUGGGCGCCGCGGUGGCGUCUUGUGCCACCGAAGGUCUUGUGUGCUUAAUCCAGUGCUUGUGGUGCCGGUUUGGUCCAUGGCCUGUUUGUUCUCAAUUGGUUACCUACGCGCGGUCUGCGCUUGCUUCUUGCCGAUCGUUGCCGUCGCAGAGUGGAGUCAACGGGGCCCAUGAGUGGUGGGCGUCGGAGGCCGGAUUAGCCGAAUGGCCCUGA